AUGAAUCGCUCCCAAGAUAAUGUCAUCGAGGAUGACGAGGAAACUUGCCCUUUGUGUAUCGAAGAAUUUGACCUAUCUGAUAAAAACUUCCGCCCUUGUCCCUGCGGCUAUCAAAUUUGUCAGUUCUGCUUCAACAGUCUCAAGAACACCUAUGAGAAGAGCACUUGCCCCAAUUGCCGAAGGCCCUACGACGAAAAAACGAUUCAAUAUAAAAUCCCUACCGCUGAAGAAUUCAAGCUAGACCAGUUAAACAAGAACAAAAAGCAAGCUGCCGCUAAGCGAAAAGAAACUGAGAAGCGAGAAGUCGAAAACUCUUCGCGUCGAAACCUUGCUGGCGUGCGCGUCAAACAACAGAACUUGGUCUACGUCAUCGGCCUCAUCCCAUCCCUCAAAGAUGAACAAGCCCUACUGAAUACCCUCCGUGGUCCCGAGUUCUUUGGUCAAUAUGGCGAUAUCGAAAAGAUUGUGGUCAGUAAGGCCAAGCCAGGUGCUGCCAAUCAAGGCAUCGGUGUCUAUGUGACCUACGCAAGAAAGGAAGAUGCGGCAUUGUGUAUCAGUACGGUGGAUGGUUCCUUGAAUGGCGAUAGAGUUUUGCGGGCUCAGUUUGGCACCACCAAAUAUUGCUCUGCUUACCUACGAAAUGAAGUCUGUAACAACAAAAGCUGCAGCUUCCUUCAUGAAAGUGGAGAAGAUGGACAAAGCAGUUCCCUUCAGAACGAGCCCCAUGCUAUCAAGGCACCUACGAAACCUCUCACAUCGACACAGACUGCAGCUAUCGCUGUACCCCCUCGCCCACUAUCUGGUGCAUCUCUAACGCAACCUAUGGCCAGAUCCAACAGCAGGGAUGAAGGUCUAAGCAGGAAAAACAGUCACGAUGCUUCUGCUCUGCCGUCGACUGCAAGUUGGGCCAAUAUGAAUGCUCCUGUUGCCAGAACUCGGAGGGCCAGCCAAGCAAACAGCCGUGCCACGCCUAGUCCGCAAUUGACUCAUGCUUUAUUGGCUGGGCACAAGACUGAAGAGCCAACACCCAAGGAACCAGUCACUGCGCCUCAGUCCUCAAUAAUCAACGUCCCGAAAAAAGCCUCGCCAAUUUCCGAAUCCCAUCUACCAAAACUAACUCCCAAGCGCGUUGAUCCCAUUCAAGAGCAAUACGACUAUGUCCUUCGAACCGUCUCACAGAAUUAUGCAUUUGUUUACGACGACUCAUGUCUCACAGAGGAAGUUCGAGCACAAGUCGAAAGCAUGCCAUCUUUCAUUGAUCCGUUUGGAGGUGCUAAACGACGUGCUAUGCGCGAGAAGGAAGAAGCGGAGAGAGCGAGAAUCGAGGCUGACACAAGAGCCAAGCUUGAAGCACAAGCAAUUUCAUCAGCCGAAGAGAUGCUCGAUGAGGCUGAUAUGGCUGCCGGUAGCUUAGCUCUUGGAGGUGAACCUGAGGAUGACCCCAGGAGUCUAUCUGCUCGAGGUGCUAUUGGUCGUCCUUCUCAACCUCUGCCCGACCAAUUCGCCAAUGUUAACCCUAGUUCACGAAGCCUCACUCCCCAACAACGUCAACAACUGUCCCAACAGUCAUCUGGGCUUACACAAACCGUCUCCCGCAACACCGCAUUCGACAUGUCCGAAUUUAAUAGAGGCGAACCACAGUACAGCCAAGCUCAAUUCGAACAGAUCAACAAUCACCAACGUCAUGGAUCUAGAUAUUUCAACAACGACUCAAAAAGCUCUUCUGUUAAUCGAUUUCAAGGUCAACAACAAUCAUUCUACUCCAGCGGCGUUCAAGGGCCACCACCAGGUUUACCAACAGCUGGAACACCUCCAGUGAGUGGUGGUGGAAUGUUUGCUCAUGGACAGAACUUCACCAACCCUGGCUUUGGAUCAUCCAAAGAGAACAACGCGGAGAUUUAUUCCAUUAGGAAUCGAAGCGGGACAAAUCAGGGCCAUGAUAUCGCUAAGCGUGAGUUGCUCCUUUCCUUGCAAAAUAACCCCCUUCGGUCACCUCCAUUAUCAGCCCCUGCCCCUAGUGGUCUCAAUACCCUCUAUGGUCAACUCCAAGGGGCUUAUCAAGAUCCUGGACUCGUUAAACAAAGGAAAAAGGGGAAGAAGCACAGACAUGCUAACACUUCCUCUUCAGGAGGUGGUGUAGAGCAUCUUGCAGACCCGAGCAUUGUUCAAGCGAGAACACAACCGGGCAAUUCCACUGGGCAGGGGCUUUUUGGUGGUAACCAAGUAGACGAGGACAACUUUCCACCAUUACCGGCACGCGUAGAGACUAUGGUCUCAGCGUUACAUUCUCGAGUUUCGUCCUUCCACAGCCUACACAGUUCCGGCCUACGAUCAUCAACCCCCAAAAUCCCUCCUGGAUUUGAGUUGACUCAUGCCCAUCCAACCCCGGGCUCAGGACAAGCAUCGCCUGUGACAAAUCCAAGUUCAACACAACGAAAUGCAUCACCGCAAAGAGCUACAUCAACCACAGCUGCAACGAUCGCUCCAGCAGUGCCUUUGAUUCCUGUGGUACCGCGAACAUCGACGCCGAAACCAAAGAUCACAGAAACACCUAAAGCACUUCAAAAGGAUAUUGCGUCGGUUGAUGCAUCUGUGACACCAUCGGAAGCCAAAGAACCAAGAAAUGAAGCGAGUAAGAUCAGUUUUGGGUCACCGAAACCUCGGUCUUCAAAAUCAAGGGCCAAUGACAAUUCAAAACUGGGAGUGGGUGGGCAAACCUCGAGUGUAGAUGUUCAACCCUCAAUCGUACCCCACAGAGAUGAAGGGAAAGGCAAACAAAACACAGUUGUGCCCAAGCCUGAUCGAAUUGAAAUCCCUCCUGUGCAUCCUAUACCAUCAGACAUUCAAGGUUCACAUUCAGGCACAGAAAAAACUGGAACCCCAGUAUCGGGAUCAGCCAUUGUUGAGGCAUCAGAUGCCCAGAGCUCACGCCCAGUAACACCUGCGACAUACACUCCAUCUGAGUCAUCAAAAGCUUCGCUGCCUCGACCAAGGACAUUGCGUCUGACCACUGGGAUGAUUGCUAAAGCUUCGGAACCCAAUCCAUUGUCAGCGACUACGGAGAAGUCGAUUAUCAUGCCGCCAACGCCAGCAACCAAGAGAAGCUCACGACGACCUUCUAUCUCUUCUGUUCAGCAUAGUCGACCAUCCACACCGGCUCUAUCUGAGCUUCUCUCACAUGACGUCUCUAGAGCUAACUCGCCUCCACCAAGUAUUGUUGGCAGCGCAUAUGAACGAGGGAAGAGUAAAAGCCAGCAAAAGAAAGAACGUCGCGAAAAAGCGAAAAAGGGCACUGAGCAAGGAGAGGCAGUCACUCCCACAUUAGCUUCGGGUGCAGCACAACCGUCACUGGAAGAAGUCGCACCUGUCAUCGCACGUCAGAAGAAACAGAAGCGUCGUGUAGAAAGCAGUACAGCAGCAACUUCCGUGGAAAUGACCAAAGCAAGCUCCAAAACUUCCAACGAUACAUCCAAUACUCAAGCUUCACCUUCAAAGCCACAUCAACCUUCAGUCGAGAAGGAAUCAGGUCCUACUAUUUCGUCAAAGAAACAUGGCCCUGCAAAGGUUGAAGAGAAGAUGAAACCGGUGGCAGCGAAUGCAAAGACUGGCAAAGCAACUCCUCCGGCGCAGAAACCAGCUAGCCCACAAGUUCCACUAACCCCGGAAGAGUCAAUUCUUCCGGCAGUUGUUAAGGUUGAAGACGGUGUGAAGAGCUCAUUUACCCUUCGUGACCUGUAUUCCGAUGUUGGCAAGAUGGUUGGUGCUAAUGGCACGCCUACGGAAACAUCAGCGGCUAUUCAGAAACUUCUCAAUGAGCACGUUUCCCCCAUGUCUAAGCUCAUCAGUUCGAUGAUCCAAAGUGGUGAUCUUUCUAAAGAUCAUCCUUGGCUAAAUUCACCCAAUUUCAAUUCUGCAGCAUACAAGCUACCACCAGAUUCACGACGUGGACAGGAUUAUCUUGAUGGGAAUGGUUACAGUGCUACGGAUGCUUUUGGUCACGUUUACCUACCACUGAAAGAGAAACACGCACUGAAAGAAGGUCAUUGUGUCAGCAUCGCGGAUGGUGGUGAUAAAAAGGAUGAUCUUCUCAAGAAAUGCUUGAUAACCUCAAAUGGUUGGGUCUUGAGACAUCUCUCAGGAGAUGAAACUCAGAAAAUCAUUGAACUUAAUGAACGAAGACCCAUGUACCUCGACGAAUUUGGUGAGGUGGGAAUCAUGGAUGGGCUUGGCGCAUUGGAGCAUGACGACUACUCAAACCUCGCUGGAGGCAUGGAGCGACUGAGCAGGCAUGGUGAGCAUCAUGGUGUUGUCUGGGUGGCAGGUGAAGGUGAUCAGGGCGAUCUUUCUCAGGAAGACGACGAUGAAUUUGAAAUUUUCGAUGACGAGGACGCGGAGAUUGAUGGUGAAAUCGGCAUUCCUAGUGAGGAUGAAGAGUUCGAAGUCUUGCAUGACGACGAUAUGGAACCAAUUCCCACCUCUGUACGUGAAGGUCUCGGUGGUCUUAAUGCACCUGGUGGCGCCUGGGACCUUCCACCACCUUCUAUGUCGCAAUAUCCACACUUGGCAAGACAAUCUCGUCAAAGUCUGCCUGGUUUGGGAUUCCAUUCCAAGACGAAUGCAUUCGCCAGAGCAAAGAACCUAGGAACGAGCCCAACGAGCACAUCAGCGACCAACGCCACGACGACAACGAAUCAUUCUGGAGGUAAGAAUGGGCACAAGCAUCACGCACAUGGUACCCAAUCUUCCGGAGCAUCAGCUUCCACAGGUGGUGCCCCUGCUGCUACCAAUGCAUCUCGCGAAUCAUCCUCGGUUGGUGCUAGUGCAUUCGUCCCGGGUACACAUGCCAAUCAUGCGCCAAUCAACUUGCGGGCACUCGAUAGUGACGCACUAAUCAGACGUGUCGUGGAAAAGCAGAAGGAGCUAGAGGUGUCACGAAAGGAGAUGGAGAAAAUGGAGAAACUGUGGAACAAGAAAUCGAAGGAUAUCGGCCGAUGGAGAGAAGGACUCAAUAAGGCAUGA